GACACAAUUACAGUUAAUAACAUUGUAACGGGCUACCGUUAGUCGGUGUGUGGCCCUGAUAUCACUGACUGUAGAUAAACAGGAGACCGUGUGUGUGUGUUUGAGAACUUGUACCAGUUUGAGUUUUAGACCAUUGGAGUAAGGACAUUUUCGGAAAGUGAAGACAUUUUGGCUGGACCUCACUUUCUGACACACCUUCAAAGGACUGUUUGAGGGUUAAGACUUGGUUUUAGGGUUAGUGUUGGAACUAGGUUUAGCUCGGUGGGCGGUGUCAAAAGCUUUGCGGAAGUGUGUGAAACAGGAGUCAUAUGACCAGGCAGCAGCAGCCGGAGAAAAUGGUUCCGAGAUAUGGAUAAAAUCCUCUUGACACGGUGACUAACAUCCACAGGCAGCACGAUGGAGGAGAUUAAAGUGUCUCCUGACUACAACUGGUUCAGAAGCACAGUGCCCCUGAAGAGAAUUAUUGUUGAUGAUGAUGACAGUAAGGUGUGGUCGAUGUAUGAUGCAGGUCCAAAGAGCAUCCGGUGUCCCAUCAUCUUCCUCCCUCCGGUCAGUGGGACAGCUGAGGUUUUCUUCCAGCAGUUGUUGGCCCUGACAGGCUGGGGCUAUAGAGUCAUCUCGCUGCAGUAUCCGGUCUACUGGGAUUUAAUGGAGUUCUGUGACGGCUUCAGGAAGCUUCUGGAUCACCUGCAACUGGAUAAAGUUCAUCUGUUUGGUGCCUCUCUGGGAGGAUUCUUGGCUCAGAAGUUUGCAGAGUGCACACACAAGUCUCCCCGAGUUCACUCACUGAUCCUGUGUAAUUCAUUCAGCGACACCUCCAUCUUUAACCAGACGUGGACAGCUAACAGCUUCUGGUUGAUGCCAGCUUUCAUGUUGAAGAAGAUUGUUUUGGGGAACUUUGCUAAAGGACCUGUUGACCCUAAAAUGGCAGAUGCAAUAGACUUCAUGGUUGACAGGUUGGAGAGUCUGAACCAGAGUGAGUUAGCAUCACGGCUAACACUCAACUGUCAGAACUCUUAUGUGGAGCCACACAAAAUAAAAGAUGUUGCUGUCACCAUUAUAGAUGUGUUUGAUCAGAGCGCUCUGUCACUGGAGGCCAAAGAGGAGAUGUAUAAACUGUAUCCUAAUGCCAGGCGAGCUCAUCUGAAAACAGGAGGAAAUUUCCCGUAUUUGUGCAGGAGUGCCGAAGUCAACCUCUACAUACAGAUUCACCUGCGACAGUUCCAUGGGACGAGAUACGCUGCUAUCAGUCCUGACAUGGUGAGCACUGAGGAGCUGGAGGUGCAAGAGAGUCACCUGAGCAGUAACCAGGAAGACGACCAAUGAGAUGUUUACCCAACAGCUGUUUCCUCUGAAUAUUUCCAAGAGUUUCUCUGUCUCAUUUCAAAGGUUGUUCUCCAGAUUUUUUUGGCGAUCAGUGAUUCAACUGAGUAUAUUUUUAUUUGACAGAUGAAGCAAUAUUUUGGUAACGACCUGUACAUAAAUGAUACUCAGCCCCUUUGCUUUAAAAAAACACCUUGCCUUAUGUGGAAUGACUGAUACAUGUUGCACUCUGCCUGAACUGUUCAUGUCCGUGUGUAAAAUACAUAAUGUGGUUAACAUUGCCACAUUACUGGUUUCCUGUUAACAGAAAGAUGAACACACUGGUUAAACUAAUUUUGGAGAGAAAUAUAUCUUAAAGACUGUGUAAUUCAAUGAGAUGAAAUGGCAUUUUUCCAUUGUUUUUGAACCUUUACAGUAAAUUUUUGAAUUUCA